UUUCUCGGGUAGCGGACCUGCUCUAACGAGAGGGAGGGAAGGAUGGAGGAUCUUGGAGAUGUGCCGGUGAUUCUGCUUUAGGGCUUUUUUCUGUGUAGCUGGAAAUGGCGAGUUACGUGUCGGGGAAGAUGAAGAGGAAAGAUUUGGAUGAGGUCUACGGCGAUUUCUCCGAUUUAUUGUUUUCUGCACCGGCUACGAAGAUUCGGAGGCUGGAUGCUGAAUUGCCUUUGAUCUCCGACAAGAUUGAACCACCAUUUACCACCUCGGUGCUUGGAAAAGGACUACUGCCCGAUGAAGAAAUGUGCAGUGCUGUGCUGGAUGAGAGGUCAGGAUUAACUGAAGCUGUUUCGCCUUCCACAUUCAAUGAAGAAAGAGCUCUUGUUAUGUAUAAACCUCCAGAUGCGCAGUUUGCCUCUUCUUUAAAAAUUAACCCAAAACUGAUCACUUGUCUCAAGAAUUAUGCAUUCUGGCCAAGAAACCCUAACAUGCUAGUUGAAGAACAACGCGAGGAAGAUCUGCAAUCACCAACUAAUAAAUGCUUAGCUGUGGUUCCUUGGGUUCCAUCUCAUGUCUCUGUAACUCGACAAGUAAUGGAAGCUUUGGCUUCUGGAAAUGAGCCAAUUGAAGAACAAAUGGAAGCAGAAGCAGCUCAUACAUCUAUGGAAAUAGAAGAGGAGAACAGUGAAUCUGAUAUUUCUGGUGUUGGAGCUCAAGGCAAUCAACAAUGGCAACAACAUUGCAUGACUCCACAGCUCCUGCAGAACAACUCCACUAUAAUGUGGUGAUAAAAUCAUCCAAUUUUCUAUUUUUUUUGGCCUCCCAUUGGUGAAGAAGAUGAUGCUCAACCAUUUUGAUAAGGUAUUUUACUCCAUAAACCUCCUUUAAUUUAAGAGUGGAAAUCAAUCUAUUGAGCUAUUUUGUUCAGCUCCAAGAUCUUCUUCACCAGAGUUAAUUAAAGGUUUUUUUUUGGUGAGCUUGAAGUUUGUAUGUACACAUUGAAGCAAUUAUAGAUGCGGAUCAUUUUGAUCUGUUGGUUAGGAUCUUUGACUAUCAAUUAAGAGGUUUUGAGUUCGAGUCUUGCCUUAAUUAGCCUAUAUUAGAGGUGCUGCUGUACAUUUUCUUGAACAUUAGUGGGUCAACCUGUAAUUUGCAACUUUUGUGGACAAUAUUCAUUUGAGCAAUA